UCUUACCUCGCCUGUGUUCCUACCCGUUACUCCAUUCGGAGGACAGGUGCGUGCAUAUGCGUGUUUUUCUGAGAACCCAUACUGUUCUAAAAGAAGGAGAAAAUUCGUUUAGACCCACCGUGUCGACCAGUGUACCGCGACUUGCUCAACUGAAGGGGAAAACCAUAUCAAGGAGUCCAAACAGGUACCACGAGAGGCGAUACUGGACCGACAGUGUUACGCUGGAUUGUGAACUCACGGUCAGAGAUGGACUGUAACUUAGGUUUCGUUUUAAGACGCUGUCUGCAUGUAAGACUGAUAUUCCCACUUUGAAUAAUCUACUAUUUUAAUGUCCGCGUUUGAUCAUGUUCAACACGUUGCCUGAUUGCGAGGCUGGAGCAGGUCACUGGUUCACUACAUCCAUAUUUUAGGAUGAUGCCUCCUGGUCAAUCCUGCUUGGUGUCACCCCUGUUUCCUCGCCUCGUCUCAGGUGUUCAAACACUUCACCAGCAGCCUGAGUGCUCCUGAGCGCUUUCAGCCAUCUUCCAUAUUUGUCUGCCUGGCUGAUGUUCCAGAGAGGUGAUGCGACGAUUUGUCUACUGCAAAGUGGUGUUGACCACCUCUUUGGUAUGGGUGCUGGUGGAUGUGUUUUUGCUGUUGUACUUUAGCGAGUGCAACAAAUGCGAUGACAGAAAGGACCGCUCUCUGCUCCCUGCCCUCCGAGCAGUGAUAUCUCGGAGCCAUGAGGGCCCAGGCGAGAUGGGCAAAGCAGUGAACAUCCCAAAAGACAGCCAGGAGAAAAUGAAAGAGCUCUUUAAGAUUAACCAGUUUAAUCUGAUGGCCAGCGACAUGAUUGCUCUCAACAGGAGUCUGCCAGACGUGAGGUUGGAUGGCUGUAAGACCAAAGUGUACCCCGAUGACCUGCCGACCACCAGCAUUGUCAUUGUGUUUCACAACGAAGCGUGGAGCACCCUGCUGCGCACCGUUCACAGUGUUAUCAACCGCUCACCCAGACACUUGCUGAAGGAGAUCGUGCUGGUUGACGAUGCCAGUGAGCGAGACUUCUUGAAGAAGAAGUUGGAGAAUUAUGGAAGGACUUUGGAGGUGCCAGUGAGGAUCCUGAGGAUGGAGCUGCGGUCAGGUCUGAUCAGAGCCAGGUUAAGGGGGGCAGCAGCCACCACCGGUCAGGUCAUCACCUUUCUUGACGCUCACUGCGAGUGCACGGUUGGUUGGCUGGAGCCUCUGCUGGCUCGAAUCAAAGAGGACAGGACAGCGGUGGUGUGCCCCAUCAUCGACGUCAUCAGCGAUGAGACAUUUGAAUACAUGGCAGGCUCAGAUAUGACUUACGGUGGAUUCAACUGGAAACUGAAUUUCCGAUGGUACCCCGUUCCCCAGCGAGAGAUGGAUAGACGAAAGGGGGACAGAACACUUCCUGUCAGGACUCCCACCAUGGCAGGAGGAUUAUUUGCUAUAGACAAAACCUAUUUUGAAGAAAUUGGAAGCUAUGACCCAGGCAUGGAUAUCUGGGGAGGAGAAAACCUCGAAAUGUCCUUUAGGAUCUGGCAAUGCGGUGGCUCCUUAGAAAUCGUGACAUGCUCUCAUGUGGGCCAUGUUUUCCGGAAGGCCACCCCAUACAGUUUCCCUGGGGGAACAGGCCAAGUGAUCAACAAGAACAACAGGCGGUUGGCUGAAGUCUGGAUGGAUGAAUUCAAAGACUUCUUCUAUAUCAUAUCACCAGGAGUAAUGCGGGUGGACUACGGUGACGUCUCCUCCCGUAAAGCCCUCCGUGGGGCCUUGAAGUGCAAACCAUUUUCCUGGUAUCUAGAGAACAUCUACCCUGACUCCCAGAUCCCAAGAAGAUACUACUCACUCGGUGAAAUCAGAAAUGUGGAGACCAACCAGUGUGUGGACAACAUGGGAAGAAAGGAGAACGAGAAAGUUGGCUUUUUCAACUGUCAUGGCAUGGGUGGAAACCAGGUGUUCUCAUACACAGCAGAUAAAGAAAUCAGGACAGAUGACCUCUGCCUGGAUGUCUCUCGCCUUAACGGACCCGUCGUGAUGCUCAAGUGUCACCACAUGAAAGGCAACCAGAUGUUUGAAUACGAUGCUGAGAAGCACACCUUCCUCCACAUCAUCACCCAAUCAUGUCUGACCAUCAGCCGCCUGGAGGACGGCACCUACGGCCCCACCGUGGAGUACUGUAACAACAGUCCCUUACAGUCCUGGAUCCUCCACAACUACACUCGCCUGGAGGUUGCCAAAAAACUUUACUUCAGUUCCACGGAUUACAUUCUUUAAACUGACAUCUGCUCUUGGGGGUCCAUGUGGGGGGUGCCGCCUGAGGUGAGCAGAGUAGAAUAAGCUAGAUGUAGAGUAGAAGCAGGUGGUCAAUUUAGUUGCUAUCUAGUGCUGUAGUUAAGUAUUUUUACAGCAUGUGGUUGAUAUUGGGAAACUGAAGCAGAUCGUUGCUUCAGUUUGUAGGUUUUUUCUUCUUUUUUAAACUUGUUUUAGGCCCUAAAAAACAUGAACUCAGAGCAUAUUUUAUUUUAAGUCAGAAUGUGCUUGCAGAUUGUUUUGGGAAGCAAUGAAAAGCUUUUAGCGGUGACCUUUUAGAGGAAAUGCUUAAAGACAGGGGACAGACACGUUAAGCAAUGACAGAUGUCCCAUCAAGAUGCUUCUGUGUAUAAGAUGCUAUCUCCAAGACCUUUCGGUAGUCUUCAUGCUAAAUUAGAUCUCGUUUGACAUUUAUUUUCCAACAUAAAUAUUUGAUUUUAAUGUGAAAAUCCACUGGCUGUCUCCUGGACAGCCCACGCCUGCUGAGUGAUGUUUGAGACGGAGGAGGAUGUGUUUAUUUUUAGUUGAUUAUCCGCAUGCAGGGCUGAUUGAAACGGGCUUCCCAUUGUUUGCAAGCUCUUUGAAGUGAUCCUUCAUUGUGAAGCCACCUUUCAUGGCUCUGGACUCUUAUGCUGCCCUCGUAUUGGCCUGAAGCAGCUGUGCACACUGUGCCACGUACAUAUUGUAAAAUCUGUGAAUCCCAGUCAUCAGUGCCUUUCACCACUCAUCCUCCUUAUUUACAUACGUCUGUUAGAAAUGUUCCUUCUCUCAGCAUUUUUGUCUGUUUCAGGGUUAUUUUUCUUGCCUUUUUCAGCUUCUGUGUCUGUUAUUUUCUCUCUGGCUUUUUCUGUUCUCCUGCGUUAUCUCAAGUUUGCACUGCAGAAUCCCACAUCUUCGUAAGUCUCAAAAGGCUAAAGAACACCUAGCAUGCCACAGUUUUGCUGUCCGAGCAGGUUAAAUUGGGUUAGAAGCUCCCAGAACUGCUGGUGUAUAUCAGAAUUGCAGCAGAGGAGUGACCCGCUGUUAGAUGGCCUGAUUUGCUGUUCACACUCAGAGCAGGGCACCAUUAAACCAAAUGAAACUGUUGCUCACUCUGCCUUGAGAUGAAAGAAAUAUGCUGUUUUUGUUUCAGUCGUAAAAAGCAGCUCAGCUGUCUAGAUCUUCUUCCACAGUCAAACAGUGACUUCUUCCUUGCUGCAAAGCCUUUGUACUGCCUGGUGAAAAAUCGGAUCCUCGUCCGAGGCUUACAGUUAGAGGCUGUCCUCAUUUAAUUAGCUGGUCUCAGCUGUGCACACAUUCAGUAACUCGCUUCGUUUGCUGGGAGGCAGAGAUGGGAGUUUUCUCUGCCCCAAAGCUAGCAUUAAAUAAUUAUGAUCAGAGGACAAGACCUCCACACUUCUAAUAAUUUCAUCAAGUGUUGAGUUUUUUUUUUCUCCACCCUCCACUCUGAUACUCCUUCUGUUGUCUCUUGCCAUUUCAGCAAGUUUGUGUCUUUGAAAGAAGGGAAAACUACUUCUCUCAAUAAUACCCCAACCAGCCUUAUGACUUAUAAAUUAGAUUUACCUGCAGCCUAGAGGUGGUCCAAGCCUGAAUGUGCCUUUUAAGAAUGUUAUUUAUUGGUCCUACAAUAUUUUUUUCUCUCAGGCUUACACUAACAUUAUCACUUGUCUUUUUUUUUUUUUUUUUUUCAUUUUCUGAAUAAAACAAGCAUAUCAUUCUUUUGUCUGGUCUUUUGGCAGGUGCGUAAGAUUGUGUGCCACCUGCUCUUUGUUCUUACUCUGUUUGAACAAAUGUGCCUCGUAGGGGAGUCGGCAGUGUGCACUUCAGGAAAUAUGUAUGUGUAUGCCCGUGUGUGAGUGAGCACUUAUUUGUAUCCAGGCAAAGAAUGUCAGGCCCUUGUGCUUUAUAGCAUAAGAUCAAACAUGGUCUGAGCAUCUGUGUGAGCUCAUUAGUCUGAAUAUCCGCUGUCAACAGCAAAAGCACAAUCUUGUUUUAAUGAAGAAUAAUGCUUCAACCACAGGAUAAAAACAGCCAUGCCAGUGUAUGUCUUUUGUAAUGUUCAGACUGAAAUUUUGUUUUGAGUUUCAUUUUAUGUUGGUUGAUAAUGCUGCAUGAGGCUGUUAAACCUGACAUACUUUCUGUUACUUUUUUUUCAUGAAAUCCACUAAUUUCUUUAAUGUAGUAGCACUGUAUGGUGUUUUAGGACUGAUCUUUAAUUUUUUUUAUCCAUAAAAGACCUGUUCUCCUGUGUUUAUGAUCAUUAUUAUGAGAAAAGCAACUGAAGUGAAAUUAUAGAAGCAUACUACUUCUGAGGGCAUAAAUAUAAAUGGUUAAUCAAGGAGAACUCUCCUGCUGUUGCUAGUGGGGGAUGUUAUCUCCAAUGCCAUCACCACAGAUUCUCUCUGUGGUUCAUGGACAUGUGUUGCUUAAGUUCAGCACAUCACAGCAGGCAUGCUUUCCAGUUGGACCUGUCGUCUGGCUUUUCUGGCUCUCGUGAUGGAGCAGCAGACAGGCAGGACUGACAGGUGAGAGGGGACAAACAGCAGGCAUCGAUAAUGGCCCUGCUCCACUCUGCUGUGACAGUGAGCCAGCAUGCACACAACCAGAACCUUGAAAACGAACCAGCUUAAUGAAAUUCAGACAUCAUUGAUUUUCUUACGGUGUCUUUCAUGAAGUGGGCUGUUAAUCAGUCAUUGUCACCUGAGCUGAAGCUGGCACAUUCUGAAACAGCCUGUCUCAUGGUCAAUUUCAUUUGUAGAUGAUGGCACAUCUGAUGUGUGAUGUUGCAUCUCUUCUUUUUUUUUAUUUUAUUUUUUUAAAUGA